AUGCCUUCGUCCAUGUUAAAGAUUUCCACCUUAGUUGCAUUAGCAUCAUACAUUUCCACCACAUUGGCCGCUCCACCAGCUUGUUUAUUAGCUUGUGUUGCUCAAGUCGAAAAGAAGUCUGAUUGUACCGGAUUAAACGACUUAUCUUGUAUUUGCUCCAGCAACGGUAGUGAUGUCAAGAAGUGUUUAGACAGUAUCUGUCCAGAAGGAGAUGCUGACACUGCCAAGUCAGCAUUUGAAGAUUCUUGUGAAGGUCACUCGAGCAGCUCUUCGUCGUCGAGUGCUGCUUCUUCCUCCUCCUCCAAGGCUUCCUCGAGCUCAGCUUCUUCUUCUUCUUCCAAGGCUUCCUCGAGCUCAGCUGCCUCGUCCGAUGCUGCUUCCUCUUCUGUUGCUGCUGAAUCCACCACCAAAUCUUCUUCCCAAGGUUCCGAGACCUCUUCCGGUCCAACCCAAGCUUCCUCGCAAGCUGGUUCUGGUGAAACUUCUGCUGCCUCUACUGAAGCUUCCUCGCAAGUUUCUAGUGGUUCUAGUUCUGUCGAAGAAUCUACCUCAUUGGCCGGUGUUGCUACCACUGUUUCCAGUUCUUCAACUGGUUCCAGUGCUCCAGCUGUUGCAACUCAAUCUGAAGACGGUGCUAAUGCCGCUGGAUUUUCCGUUGGUGCUCUUUUAGCUGGUUUAGCCGGUGCUGCUUUGUUAUAA